CCGGCCCGGCUCCAUAAGGCCGCGGGGCCGCCGGCCGGACCCAGCGCCCCACCGGGAGGGGCGAUGCGGGCGGGGAGCGCCAUGGCCCGGGCCCGGAGCCGCCUCUGCCGCCUCCUGCUCAUCCUCCUCGUCCUCCUGCUGCCGCCGCCGGCCGCGCCCGGGCAGCCCGCGGGUUUCCAGCAGAUUUCCCUGCUCUCUUCCUAUGAAGUUGUAACCCCGCAGAGGUUGGGAAGGGAACGGCGAGAGGCUUCCAACAGCUCCUCAGUGCAGGACAAAGUGUCAUAUGCAAUCGAGAUCGAGGGACAGGAAUACACGAUUCAUCUAGAGAAGAACAAAGAACUGCUGCCCAAAGAUUUCACAGUUUAUACCUAUGACAAGGAGGGAAAGUUGCAAUUGAAAUAUCCAGAUGUCCAGGAUCACUGCCAUUAUCAGGGACACGUGGAGGGGACCCUGGAUUCCGUGGUGGCUGUCAGCACUUGCUCAGGGCUCAGGGGCUUGGUGACAAUAGGGAAUGUCACUUACGGGAUUGAGCCCAUGGAUUCCUCCUCUGGCUCUGAACACAUUUUGUAUCGACUGGAUAAUGUGAAGAAAGAGCCCACGACGUGUGGAGUGAGCACUGAAGGCCAGGAAGAGGAACAGGCCGAGGGAAAUCCCCAUCCCAGUAUGACCCAGCUGCUCCGGAGAAAGAGAGCAGUCCUGCACCAGACAAGAUAUGUGGAGCUGUUCAUAGUUGUGGAUAAAGAAAAGUUCGAAGAUUUUGGGAAGAGUGAAACAGAAGUAAGAGAACACAUGGUGCAGCUGGCAAACCUGCUUGACAGUAUGUACAUCAUGCUGAACAUCCGCAUCGUGCUGGUUGGUCUGGAGAUCUGGAAGUACGAAAACAUGAUCAGCAUGGACGGGGGGGCCGGGGAUGUGCUGUGGAACUUCGUGCAGUGGCGAGAGAAGAACCUCGUCGUGCGGCGGAGACACGACAGCGCCCAGUUAGUGCUGAAGAAGGGGUUUGGUGGCACAGCUGGAAUGGCCUACGUGGGAACAGUGUGCUCCAAGAGCCAUGCAGGAGGCAUUAAUGUGUUUGGAAGGAUCAGUAUCCAGCUGUUUGCAUCCAUCAUGGCUCACGAGCUCGGCCAUAACCUGGGGAUGAACCACGAUGACCAGCGUGGCUGUCACUGCGGGGCCAGCAGCUGCAUUAUGAGCUCUGGAGCAUCGGGAUCGAGGAACUUCAGCAGCUGCAGCGCAGAAGACUUUGAGAAGCUGACCCUCAACAAGGGUGGGAGCUGCCUGCUCAACGUUCCGAGGCCCGACGAGACCUACAGCAUCCCGUACUGCGGGAACAGGCUGGUGGAUGCUGGGGAGGACUGUGACUGUGGCUCACCAAAGGAAUGUGAGAGUGACCCGUGCUGCGAGCCAGGAACUUGCAGGCUCCGAUCAGGUGCUGAAUGUGCUUACGGUGACUGCUGCAAAAACUGCCAGCUCCUUCCUGGAGGAACCGAGUGCCGGGUGAGUAACAACGAGUGUGACCUGCCCGAGUACUGCAAUGGCACGUCCCAGUUCUGCCAGCCCGACUUCACCGUGCAGAACGGGCACCCCUGCCACAACCAGGAGGCCUACUGCUACAACGGGGUGUGCCAGCACCACGACGCCCAGUGCCAGGACAUCUUCGGCUCCAAAGCCAAAGCAGCCCCAAACAUUUGCUUUAAUGAAGUGAAUUCCAAGGGGGACAGAUUUGGCAACUGUGGUUUCCAUGGCCAUGACUACAAGAAAUGUUCCAGCUGGAAUGCCAUGUGUGGGAAGCUGCAGUGUGAAAAUGUGAAAGCCAUGCCUGUGUUUGGAAUCAAGCCUGCCAUUAUCCAAACUCCCCUCGGAGUCACAGACACCACGUGCUGGGGGGUGGAUUUCCAGCUGGGCUCUGAUGUCCCAGACCCAGGAAUGGUGAAUGAAGGCACCAAGUGUGGUAAUGGAAAGAUCUGCAGGCACUUCCAGUGCGUGAGUGCCUCUGUCCUCAACUACGACUGUGAUGUGGAGAAGCAGUGCCACGGGCACGGGGUGUGCAACAACAACAGGAACUGCCACUGUGAAGCAGGCUGGGCCCCCCCUUUCUGUGACACCAAAGGCUACGGAGGGAGCGUGGACAGUGGCCCUCCCUACAAUGACAAGGACACCUCUCUGAGGAAUGGCCUGCUGGUGUUCUUCUUCCUGGUGCUCCCACUCCUGGUAGCUGCUGCUCUGGCCUUUGUAAGGAGGGACAGGCUGAAGAGAUGCUUCAGGAGGUUGAUGUCCCGCUGCCAUUCGUCACUUCAGUCACCUCCUCCUCGGCCAGACACCGAACCCAGGGACUACCAGCACAGAGGCUUCUCCCACGGCACCCCUUACGCUCCAAGAGCUGUUCCCACGGAUAUGGAUCCAAACACCUUUCCUGUCCCAGCUUACCCAGUUAACCAGCACCCUCAGCAGGCUUUCCACCAGCCCUACUACCCCCCUCCGCAGUACCCGGUGCAGCAGCCGCCGAGGCUGCCCAGCAGGCCCCCACCCCCGCAGCAGAAGGUCGUACCUCAGGGGCCGCCACAGCAGAAAUGUUUACCUCAGGGACAGUAUUACCCUUCUCGACCGGCACCUUUGCCUCCCAAAUAACUCCUGGCUCCCUUGGGGCCUCCCGUGGGCUGACCCGUUGGCUGCGGCAGAGCCGGAAUCGCGGCCCCCCCUCUGGCAUCGCUGCCGGGGCAGGGCCAGCCAGAGAUCCACACCAGGAAUGUAGGACUCUACACUCAUAAAUACCUCGACCAAAGCUCCAGGGACUGACCCCCCGGCCUGUUCCUCGCUCUGCAGCCGGGCUGGCAGCGGGAGCGCGGCCGCCUGUAGGGAAAUAGUCCCGAAAUCCGGCACGGGGGCGUCGCUUUGGGUUCCCCCGUCCCUGCCCUGAGCCCUGGUAAGGAAAUUGUCUGGUUCAUUGUCAUCUCUCUGACUGUGCAGUGAGGAAUUGGAGUAACCCACCUGCAAAGCAGGGAGAGCUGGUCAGUUAAUUUACAGUUACUCUGCAUGGACUAGAAAGUGUUUCCUGGGUACACCUUGAUGGCACAGGUGGAAUGAGGUCUCAGUGGACUUUUUCAGAGGAAGAGAGAUAUAUUUUAAACAUGUCUGUGCAUGUAUAUAUGUUUAUAGAUGCGUAACGAUGCACUUAAAUUCUUAAUUCCAUGCUGACUGACACUAAGCUGUGCUAUAGGAGCACUGAGUUUAAUGCUUUUUAAUUAGAGAUUGGCUAAAUGAGACUCCUGUACUAAUUCCCACUAAUACAUGGAUGGGCAGUGAAGAUAAAGGUACGAGAAGACACGGCCAUAUUCUGGUUUUAAAGAAUGGGGUGCUGAUAGGUUUUAAUUCAGGUCUAAAGACAGAGCAGCAGUUCCUGCAGGACACUAGGAAGCAGGAAGAGUCUCUGCCUGGACCACUGGAGCUUCUCUGUGCACUUCAAAUGGAAACCUGGUGACUGAUGCACCCCCUCUUUUAAUCCCCAAACCUUUGUAGUGUCAGUCAGGAUGCUUUCAGGCCACCUUGUGUCAGACUAGACUGCGAGUUUGGAACUCCUCCUGAGCAGAGUUGCUCAGCAUCCAGUGUGCUAGGAGAGGAGAAGGAGCUGUGCAUCCUGAUCCUAUGGAGCCGUGGGUAGAAGCUGGAUGUCAUGGUCACAAAUAGGAAUCUAUUGCACAACUUGCUAAAAGUGCUGAAGAGAAUGCUGGGCUGUCUCACUCUGUGCUCGCCACAAGCACAGCUCAAUCUGUAAAAUCCCCCCAAUAUUGCCAAAAAAAAUCAUGUUUUCCUCUGUAUAUACCUAUAUAAAUAUAUAUAUAUAGUGUGUGCAGUAAUAAAAUACUUGAACUCCUGUGGUUUCCCAUAAACUUAGACUAAGAUUUAUAACACUAUUAAAAUCUGUAAAAUGUCACCUAGAAUUUCACCAACUGUGCUGGUGGGGGUCUCCUGUUUGUUCUAAGAUAAUCAAUCUCUUCGUAAUGUUGCUGUGUCCUGCUCCCCCGUGGCCGUCUGUCUGUCUGUCUGUCUGUCACAACGAGCUCUGCAGCUGGAUGUGGCCCAUCUCCAGCCCCAGUCGGAGGGUGGGACGGAGGAGGGGAUCCAGGGAAUGAAGUCAUCCAGAGGGAUGUACUUCGCUGUGUGUGACGCUGUGUGUCUGAACUAAACUAUGCUGAAAAUGGUGCCUUUCCCAGACAAAGGGUUUUUGUACUCCCGGCGUGCACGCUGGGACGGCCGCAGCCGGGGAGGGCAGGGCCGUGCGGGGUUAGAGGCGAUCCCGUGGGCAGGAAGUGGCUCCAGUUUUUUGUGUAGAAUACUGAAGAUGACUACUGACUUCCUUUUGUAAAGGGCACGGACACCUGUCCCCAGGCGGGGCUGGAGCUGGCGGGGCUGUGGUCGACACCCGUGUUCACCUCCACAGCUCCGGCCAAAGGGCUGCUCCCAACCCCUUUGUACGGACCCAACGAGCAAUAAAGAUGCCAGUUUUGUACAAGG